AUGGUGGCGGCGUUCUGGGCUGGAGCGGCAGCACAGUCGUCGUCAAGCUGCACGAACGUGCUGAUCAACCUGUCGCCGUGCCUGAAUUAUAUCACCGGGAACUCAUCAACUCCGUCCUCCAGUUGCUGCUCGGAGCUUGCCAAUGUCGUGAAGUCGCAGCCUCAGUGCCUGUGUGAGGUCAUCAAUGGUGGUGGAUCCUCCUUGGGGAUCAAUGUCAACCAGACCCAGGCUCUGGCUCUCCCUGGUGCUUGCAAGGUUCAGACCCCAUCCAUCAGCCGCUGCAAUGCUGCUUCCCCUGCCGACUCCCCUUCGGCAACACCUGAAUCUCCAAACACGGUGCCAUCAACAGAAACAGGGUCUAAGACAGUACCGUCAACAGAGAGCGGCACAUCAGAUGCAAGUUCCACCAGGAUGACAGUUUCUCUGCUAUUCUUCCUCCUCUUCGUUGCCUCCUACGCUUCAACAUCCACCACUUUUUGA